UUCAUCAUUAGGCGUGGGUUUUUUCUUCAGAUCUGUACUUGAACGCGGCGACGGUGGUGUGUCAUUCCCUGUGCUCGUCGGAAAUUUAUCAAGCCAAAUCAAAAUCUGGUGGAAUUUCUUCCCGUUUCGGAGACCGGUAGUGAGGUUACAUUUGAGUUUGGUGUCGUGAAAGUGCAGAAAGGUUCGCCUUUUUUACGGUGAAAAAAUCGAUUUUUGUGUUGCGGCCAUCGAAAGCGCGGUGGCAGACGGAAUACGAACCGAAGGGAAAAUAAGAAGAAGGCAGGCCGUGUAUUUUUGUGGCCCCCCGGUUUCAAACGACCACCAAAAGAGUGUGUGGUAUUGAGGUUGUGUUUGUGUAGAGAAAGAAAGCAGUGUUCCUCUGCGAAGAAGCAAGGAGUUUCGAAAUGUCUCAAAAAACGAAGAGAUCCGGCGUUUCGACGCCCAUUCCGGUGACGGCCAGCACUCCGGUGCAGGGAAGUUCCGGCAUAGGAGCUCGCCCCUCCAGUCCGCUGAGUCCGACACGGCUCACCCGGCUGCAGGAGAAAGUUGAUCUGAUGAAUCUGAACGAUCGACUGGCCUGCUACAUCGACCGGGUGCGCUACCUAGAGCAGGAAAAUUCGCGCCUUACGGUCGAAGUCCGCAGCUCACAGGAAACCAUCACUCGGGAGGUUUCCAACAUCAAACAGAUGUACGAACAUGAGCUGACCGACGCCCGGAAGCUGCUGGACGAAACGGCCCGCGAGAAGGCCAAGCUCGAGAUCGAUGCCAAGCGAAUAUGGGAGGAGAACGAUGAUCUCAAAAAGAGACUGGACCGCAAGACGAAAGAAGCCGCUGACAACGAACGAAGCGCUCGUAGCCAGGAAGCUCGCGCCAACGAACUCUCCGGCAAGUACAACACAGUCCUGUCCGAACGCAAGAGGGCCCAGGACGAACUUAAGGAGCUGGAAAAGGAAGUUGCCCGCCUCAAGAAACAGCUGGAAACGCUCCGGAAGAAUCUGGAGGAAGAAACGUUGGCUCGGGUGGACUUGGAAAAUACCGUCCAAAGUUUACGCGAAGAGCUUACCUUCAAGGAUCAGGUCCACCAACAGGAGCUGACCGAAACCAAGACCCGCCGACAGGUCGAAAUCAGCGAAAUCGAUGGCAUUCUCUCGGAGCAGUACGAAGCCAAGCUGCAGCAGACGCUACAGGAACUGCGCGAUCAGUACGACGGACAAAUGCGCGCCAAUCGGGAUGAGAUUUCCGAGUUGUAUGAAGCUCGCCUCCGCGAUCUGGAGCUGCAGUUGAAUGCCGAACGACAGCGUCACGCCGUAGAGAAGAGCAAACUGCAGGACGAAAUCGAACGUCUGCGCAACCAGAUUUCCCUUCAACUGCAGGAGUACCAAGAUCUGAUGGACAUCAAAAUCACCCUGGACAUGGAAAUUGCCGCCUACGACAAGCUGCUUUCCUCCGAGGAAGUCCGGCUAAACAUCACCCCGGGCAGUCAAUCGGCUAUCUUCCAGACCUCGUCCACUAGCUCCAGUGCCGGACGAUCGGGGGCGAUGCGACGUACUCCGCAGCGGACAGCUGCCAAGCGCAAGCGUACCGUCCUGGAGGAGUCGGACGAGCGUAGCGUGUCGGACUACUCGGUCACUUCGUCCGCCAAGGGAGACAUCGAGAUCUCCGAAGUCGAUCCGGAGGGCAAGUUCGUCAAACUGCACAACAAAUCUGCUAAGGAAGUACAAGUCGGAGGCUGGACCCUGGUCCGCAAGGUGGGCACCAACGAAACCGUGUUCAAGUUCCACCGAACGCUGAAGAUCGAUGGCGGUGCCUUCGUGACGGUGUGGUCUUCGGACCUCGGCCAGAAUCACGAACCCCCGAGCACGAUCGUCAUGAAGGGCCAGAAGUGGUUCGCCGGCGAUAACAUGACCACUCAGCUGGUGAACGGAGACGGAGAGGAAGUAGCCGCGUCGGAACGUGUCAAGCGUAUUAUGUCCACUGCCGCAUCACGCCACCGCGAGUACCUCGGUUCUUACGGCGCAGAAGAGCUGUAUCACCAACAGGGGGAACCUAAAGGCGAAGAGAAGUGCCGUAUCAUGUGAAGCUAAAAGAAAAGAACCUAGCAGCAUGAGCCGUGAAAUUCGCCUAUAGCAGUUUAGUUUUCCGUAUAAAAGUCGGAAAAUCGUUACACACUCUACUUACAAUAGGAACUACAACAGUAGACACCAAGAAAUACUUUUUUUCUUAUCCGUGUUAGUGCGAUAAUACCCUCCAUCCUAUGGCGGACGAACAAUAGUACAGUAAAACAAAAUAUAAACCCAUUUCUACCAUUUAUUACAUGCCUACAAACAAACAGACACCUUUAAUUGAAACACUUAUGUUCGUGUUGGAAAAACAAGUUGACACGAAUAUCUACUUAAUACGAAUGUUGUCCUUGGUAAUAAGAAAAAAAAAUAAACGAGAACAGAAAAUUUGCACAACUAAUACCUUACUGUUAGUACUAAAACACUUAUGAGGAACGAUUCAAAAACAGCAACAAAACACCGCAUUGAAACGUUAGAAUUUGGACAUUGAAAGCACUUAAAAUAAAGAUCUAUAUCAUUCAUAUAAAACCAAUACAAGAAAAAAAAGAUGAGUAAGAAACUAAAUGCCAUAAUUGUAAGGAGAAAGUAGACAAAACCGCCGUUUGAUUUUCCUUUAAGUUUUACAAUUUUAUUUUCGUCGAAUAUUUCGAUCAUCAUCCAUCAAGACAGAAUAACGUAACCAACGUAUUGCACUGAAAGUAACAUCGGUGGCUAUUUAUGCUAACUUUUAAGGAAUGUCCUAUCAUUUGUCAUUGUUUUGUUCAUUUUAUGUAACGUAACGUAAUCAAAACUCGUAAGAAAUGUCCACUUUUUUUUUGUUCUUCGAAUCGGUGUCCUUGGUCAAGCUGGUAAGCCACGUUGGAGAAACGUUUCAGGAACGUUGAACAUAAACAGAAUGCUGCAUUUUUUGACUUUCCUGUUUUUUUUUCCUAACAAUUGUAAAGAAGAGAGUUAAAAGAAAAUAUAUAUUUUUAAAUGCUAAGGAGUAUAAACCGUUCAAUCGUAUAAUAGCUUCCGAUAAAAUAUAUGUCCUACAAAAGUUGUUGCGACGUAGGUAACCCAAAAGAAGAACAAUCGUUUAGUUUGUAGUCAUCAAAGCCACCAUCAUGAAUCGAGCAUAAAUGAUAAUUUUCCAUUUCGGUUGAGAGGUUUUUUUUUUUUGAAUCGGAUAAAUUAACACUUACAAUUAAAUUUAUAUCUGUUGCCUGAUAUUUUUUGUACUGUCAUAAACAUGAAUCAUUCAAUCAUUAAGAAGAGAAUUUUAAAAUAAACACUCAGAAAAACA